CGACCUGAAAGGCCCUGUUUUGGAAGAUGUGUCUGCUUUAUGCUUUCUUUGUUUUGCUCUCUCUUAGCUAUGGUUUCGAUCCUAACUGUCCUGGAAGAUGCAGCUGUGAUUCAGAGCAGUCGGUGCAAUGCUACAGGCUAACGGAGGUGCCGUCAGGUAUUCCUUCCACCACCAAGAAGCUCUACGUCAGUCAUAGCAAAAUUCAGCACCUUCAGCUGUCUAACUUCACUCAAAUGUCAGCUCUAGAAGAUUUUAUUCUGCUGGCCAGUGGAACAGAGUCGGUAGAAAAUGACACUUUCAAGACUCUGAGUACUUUGAAGACCUUGGAACUCUGGAAAAAUAAGUUAAGACAGGUCCCCAGUGCUCUCCCAGCCAGUCUUGAAGUGUUAAAACUAAAUGAUAAUUCAAUAUAUGUCCUUCAUGGAUCUGAUUUUGAAGGACUGAAGAAAUUAAAAAUCCUUGAACUGAAAAACAAUCUGAUCUCUUCUCUCCCUCCCAGCAUGCUCUCUUCUCUUGUCAGUUUGCAAAGCUUGGUGUUGGACAGCAACAAUAUCGAGUCUGUGAAUGGACCACUGGCACUUCCCCAUCUGAAACAUCUGAGCAUGGAGAAUAAUAAGCUACAUCUCAUACCAGCUAGCUUCUUCACUUCUCUUCAGUCUUUGCAGUUUCUCAGUUUCAGUAGUAACUUUCUGACUAAAAUUCCUAUUAACCUGCCCAAAUCCUUGCUCUCAUUAAAAAUGGAGAGAAACUGGCUCAAAGUGGUAAGGUUUCAAGAUAUGAAACAUUUGGAGAAUCUUUCCCAUCUUUACCUGUCAGAAAACUCACUCUCUUCCAUAGAUGGGGCACAGCUCCUUGCCAAUUUAACUACCCUUGAGCUGUCCCAAAACCAGCUUCAAACGUUGCCCCUCAGACUACCAGCAAGGCUACAAAAGCUUGAUAUCAGCAACAAUCUGAUUCAGAAAGUUACAGCACAAGACUUCCAGGACCUCCGAGAUUUGAAACAUUUGUUUCUGGACAACAACAUUGUCAGCUUGUUUGAAGCUGGAGCCCUGCAAAGGUGUUCCCAGCUCUCCAACCUGGCCCUGGAGCAGAACCUGCUCUUGUCUAUACCUCUACGGCUCCCGGCAACCUUAGCAAGGCUGGACCUAAAAGGCAAUGCCAUCCAGGAUAUUGCUGAGAGGGAGCUCAAGGAUCUGAAGCAGCUUCAGGUUCUAAACCUUAGGAACAACAAGAUCUCUGCCUUAGACCUCAAAGCCUUGGAGGUGUUGCCUCGCCUCAGGCAUCUGUAUCUGGAUGGAAAUCCGUGGAAUUGCACCUGCAGUCUCCUGAGAGCCAGGGAGGUCCUGAAGGCCAAGGGCACAGAUGUGAGGGGAGGACAAUGUGCGGCACCAGCUGAACGACAAGGGGAGAGCUGGAUGUCUUCCAAGAAGAUAAUGAGGCAAUGUGAGCAUCACUUGCAUCUGACCGAGAAAAGCAAAGAGACCAAAAAGAAACCAAAGCCUGAAGAGCACUCCAGCAUCAGAAUCAAUGUGGAUGAUGAUUAUUAUGAUUAUGAGAUAGAUUAAGGAUGAGCUUAGCUUACAGUUUAGAAAAAGGUUUUGUUUCUUUUUUUAAAAUAGACUUCAUUUUUAGAGCAGUUUUAGGUUCAUAGCAGAAUUGAGAGGAAGGUACAGAGAUUUCCUAUAUACCUCCUACCCCUACACAAACAUAGCCUGCCCCAUUACAACAUGUCCCACCAGAAUGGAACAUUUGUUACAGCUGACGGAUCUCUAUUGACAGGUCACAAUCACCUAAAGUCCAUAGUGUACAUUAGGGUUUACUCUUGGUGUUGUACAUACUCUGGGUUUGGACAAAUAUAUAAUGACAUGUAUUUACCACUAUAGUAUCACACAGAGUAGUUUCACUGCCCUAAAAAUCCUCUGUGCUCCAGAAAAAAAGUUGUGUUUUUUUUGUGUGUGUGUUUUUUUGCGGUACGUGGGCCUCUCACUGUUAUGGCCUCUCCCGUUGCGGAUCACAGGCUCCGGACGCGCAGGCUCAGCGGCCAUGGCUCACGGGCCCAGCCGCUCCGCGGCAUGUGGGAUCUUCCCGGACCGGGGCACGAACCCGUGUCCCCUGCAUCGGCAGGCGGACUCUCAACCACUGCGCCACCAGGGAAGCCCAGAAAAAAACUUUUUUAAUGUUCAAUAUCUUAAGCAGAAAUAUAUAAUAAAUUUAGAUAUACAAGAUUCUUUUUAUAAGUUUUUCUCUUUCUUUUUAAGAAUGAAGUGAGAGUUAAGACAAGUUGAGGUGGGGGGAGGAAAGUAGAAAUGAAUGGUCAGAAGAUGUAAGAUUCCUUCCAUGUUAAAAGUAAUUUGUUUGUAUUUUAUACUGAAACCUAGACAAAUAGUAAUGCCCAAUAAAAUCUCUAUCUAACUAACUUCCUGCAAAUAGAGUAGUUCAUUUUAUCAAAUAAAAAGUGAUGAUUUUGUGUAUGAAGCUGGUACCUAUAGACCUACACUGCAGGCUUUUGUUUAUAAGUAAUAAAAACUGACUCCAACUU